AUGUACCGAAAAAAAUUUUUUCUCUUUAAAGAUCCAAAUCUUUACGAUGAUGGAAAAGUUUGUCUAUCAAUUUUGAAUACUUGGCGUGGCCGGCCAGAAGAACGUUGGAAUGCUGACACUUCCUCUCUUUUGCAAGUACUUGUCUCCAUUCAAUCUUUAAUUCUUGUUAAUGAACCGUAUUUCAAUGAACCUGGUUAUGAAAGAUGGCGAAAUUCCCCUGCUGGUCAACAGGCAUCGCGGGAAUAUGAUGCUAAUAUUAUGCAAAUGUGUGUUAGAUGGGCAAUGGCUGAACAAAUUCGGGUAAUUUUUUUUUUAAUUAAAAAAUUUUUUUUAUUAUAUUCUAACCCUUUUUUAAAAGCGGUUAGUCGGCGUUUUGGGCUCCAAGGGUGGAAAAACCCUCUUUUGGGGUGA